UCGAUGGCGGCAGAUUUCACAAGAUUGUUUUUUGUUGAUUUUUAAGGUAAAUUUGUGUUAAAUCUGACGAAAAUCGUAUGAAAACUGCCAAAAAAGCCCUUUAGAAACCGAAUUCGAUGAAGAUUGUUCGUUAAAAACUUUAUUUUUUGUAGAAUUUUAAACCCCUAAAACUCCCCAAAAAUGUCUGAUGAGGAAGAAGAAUGGAUGUCAAGUGAGGAUGAUGGCGACUUUUCAGUUAGCGAAGACGAGUGGUUGCCGGGUUCGAGUGAGAAAAAGCGAAAAUCACGCAACGACACAAUGGAUUCCGAGAGUGACUUGAGCGAAGAGGACGAAGAAGACAUAGAAACUGAAGAUGAGACUCCCGAUUCUGGCACUCCGGUAAAAAUGACGCGAAAACAGGCAGCAAAACGAGGUGCAGUUGCGAAGAAAAAAAGUCCCGCUGGCGUUCGAAAGUUAUUUUCAAAGUACAAAGCUGUCCCCGAAGCAACAACAUCCACUACAAAUGUCUCAACGAGCCUCAGUGACAUCCUAAAACGAUCUCAAUUCCAAUCAAAAAAGCUAAAUUCAUCACAAACCGAGUCAAGUCAAGUGUCGUCGACGACAAAAACGCUUGAGGAUGACGACGAAUCGAGUAGUAGCGGCGACGAACAUCUCGUACCUGCGGAUCAAAUCAAUUUGAAUUCCGAUUUUUUUAAUGUUCAACCCUCGACGUCGCGCGAAACGCAGAACGAGGAACCGCCAGACUUUGAUUGCAACUAUGGCAUUGAAAAAUCAGACGAAUCUGAGGAGGAAAAUGACUCGGAAACGGAAUUUCAUGGAUUUAGCAAUGAAUCAAUGAAUCGCAGUGCAUCUAAAUUACCUCAAAAAAAUAAGAAAAAAUCACAAGAAAAGUCAAAAAUCGUAGAUUUGCAAGAAUUGCACAAUUUUAAUAAAAAUCUCGAAGACGCCAAGAAAAAAUUAGAAGGAUUCCAAUCGAAAAAUUUCGCCCAAGAAGAUGUAAAUGUCUCACAAUUGCUUGCCAUGGGCGAAGAAAGUGCCGAAAAACCCAAAAAAUCGAAAGAAACCAAAAGUAAUAAACGCAAACAUGAGGAAUCGGGUUCCGAUUGGGAAGAAGUCGAAGAUGAAUUGGACAACAUUUCAUGCGAAACGCAAAGCAAGGAUUUGCAAAUUACCGUCGAACUUCCGGGUCACAGUCGCAAACGAACUGCCAAAGAAGUCGAUAUCGAGGCGCAAAUCAAGCGAAAAUUGAACAACAUCAAAAAAAUCAAUCAAGUUUACAUGCAUAAAGUGCAUUUGCUUUGCUGGAUCGCUUACGGCAAUCGCGUGAAUAAAAUUUUAAACAGUCCCGGACUCUACAAAGUUGCUUUAAAGACUUUGCCGGUGCCUGCAAAGCCCUGUUACCCCAAAGAUAAGACCGAUAUCAAGUAUUUCGAGAACAUCAGUACGUGGUUUCGUCAACAAUAUUCGUUAACGAGUCAAAGUGUGUAUCCGACGAUGACGACAUUGCCGCCGCUCGAGACUUCGUUGACGUUGCAGAUCAGUAAUGGCAAGAAAAUGAUUUGUAAACGUGAUUUUUGCAUGGCUUUCAUUGUUUUGUUGCGAGCGAUGGGAUUUCAGGCACGUCUUGUAAUGUCGAUCACGGGAAUUCCAUUGAAACCGCCUUCGAGCGAGUUGUGCAGCUUGUCAAAAUCUAAAACGUUCAAAGGAUACAAAAAACAAGAAGAGGAUAAUGUCAAAAGUCCCAGUAAAAAAACGACUUUGGAAGAGUUGAAAAAAGGACGCAAAAAACCCGAGAUCAAAGAAGAUCCAAAACCCGAACGGAAACGAAAAGCACCCGAAGACCCAAAAAAAUCAAAGAAAAAACGUCAAGACGAGCCAAAAUUGGAGCAACUUGAUGGCGCCAAUGACACUCCCCCGCCGAAAAAUCGUCAAAAACCAUCGACAUCAACGAAUUCCGUGCCCUCCGUCGACAGUCCCUUCAAGAAAAAGAUCAAAGGUAACACAAACGGGUCUCCCAGCAUCAAACUGGACAACUUUGCACCCCCAAUGAAGCCUAAAAUUAAACGUCUUUCAGAAGUCCCAACGUUCGAUGUCGCUCCAAGUCCCUUAAAAACGCGUCGUCAACGCCAACAAGAAGGAUCUGCACCAAAAAUGCCCGCAAAAACUAAAGUUACCAAAACUACCUCGUUACCCAUAAGCAAUACCAAGCCUGAAACAAGCACAAAAAAGUCACCAUCGAUCCUAAAAACUCAAACAAGCUCGAAAAAAGACCCAAAUUCACGCAAAUCCGUUUCAUUCGAGAGCCCAAAGCCAAGUACGAGCAAAAAAUCGAGCGGCCCACGUGGGCAUCAAAAUAAAAAACAAAAAAUUGUGAUUCCAAGCAGUGACGACGAGGAUCUAUUUGAACCGGAUAUCGUCUUCAACAAGCCUCUCGUGAACAAAAAUGUCGAAAAAGUCAAGAAAAUCGAUCGUCGUAUGUUGUCAAGUGACGAAGAUACGCCUAAAAGACCGGGAAAUAAGAAAAAUCAUGUGAACGUUUGGGUUGAAGUUUAUGCGGAAAAGGAAAAACGUUGGAUUACGGUCGAUUUAUUUAAGGGAAAAGUCGAUUGCGUCGAUGUAAUUUGCCAAAACGCGACUUCGCCCAUUACUUAUGUGCUUGCAUGGAAUAAUGACAACUCCUUGAAGGAUGUUUCGCCGCGUUAUUGCGAACAUUGGAACACAGUAACGCGAAAAUUAAGAGUUGAAAAGGAAUGGUGGGAUGAAACAAUUCAACCUUACUUGUCGAAACACGUCACGGAACGAGAUAAAGCUGAAAAUAAGUAUUUUGAGAAGAUUCAUUCGACGAAACCGAUGCCAACUGCGAUAUCAGACUUCAAAAAUCAUCCGUUAUACGCCCUCGAACGCCAUUUACUCAAAUUUGAGGCUCUUUAUCCGCCUGAUGCUCAACCAAUUGGUUGGAUAAGGAAUGAACCUGUUUACCCACGAGAUUGUGUCUACACAUUACUCACACGAGAAAAAUGGGUGAAGGAAGCUCGUGUCGUAAAACUCAAUGAGGAACCUUAUAAAAUUGUCACAUCACCAAAAUGGGACAAAUAUGCACAAAAAAUCCUCAAAAAUUGUCCCGUCGAGCUCUUUGGAAUUUGGCAAACUGCCCCAUAUGAGCCUCCAACUGCUGAAAAUGGCAUCGUUCCUCGCAACGAAUACGGAAAUGUCGAACUUUUCAAGGAAUGCAUGUUACCGAAGAAGACAGUUCACUUGAAAUUUGCUGGUUUAAAUAAAGUUUGUAAGAAAUUGAAUGUCGAUUGUGCUCCGGCUAUCGUUGGAUUCGAUUUCCAUAAUGGAUGGUCGCAUCCCGUGUACGAUGGAUUUGUUGUUUGUGAGGAAUUUGAAGAACUUGUCACGAAUGCUUGGAUCGAGGAACAAGACGAAUUGAUGAAAAAAGAACGGGAAAAGAUCGAAAAACGCGUUUAUGGAAACUGGAGAAAAUUAAUUAAGGGACUGUUGAUAAAGAAACGUCUGCAAGCCAGAUACAACUUUGAAGCAGAUGAUGAGGAAAUUGAAGAAGAGGAAGAAAAAACUUCUAAAAAGAGUAAAAAAUAAGAAAAUUAUCAAAUUUAAAGCUAAAAAAAGAAAAAAAUUCAAAGUAUUACGUAAAAUCGACUUAAAAAAGAAGAUUUUUUGUUAAGUUUUUUACCUGUUUUAUAAAAAAUACAAAAAUACGAAGCCUGAAAAAAGACUUUUUGCCAUAAAAUUCAAAUUUUUUAACUUUCUACAUUUUUAUUCAACUAAUCAUCGUCAAUUUUCAAGUAUUUUGCUUCCCAAUCCAUAGUUUUGUGUGGUUCUCGUUCACGAGCGAG